GAAAUUUAACCACACAACUUGGAAAUUUAAAUAGAGAAAUAUUUUUAUUUGAUACAAAAUCUUAUACAUGGAUGGCAAAUUUUCAACCUAACCCAGACAAUUCAUCGCCUACUAACAGUAAUUCCACCUCAACUAAUGAUGGUGGUGGUAGUGGUAGUUUUGUACCAAGUAUAAUCGCAGGAAUAGCAUCUUUGGUUGUUAUAAUUUCAGGAAUCCUUGUAGCUUUUUAUAUUUUAAAACGUAGAAAAUCCAAGGCUGAAAAGAUUAUUGAAAUGCCAAGUAGUUCUGACUAUAAUAAACUGA